GGGUUGGAUCUCCGGGGGCUCUCACGGAAGGUCAGCCCGGAGGAGGCCAGUCCUAAAUCUCCAAGCAUCAGGGCUGCCCGAUUCUCAAGGCGGGUGGGGGACACUGGACCUCCAGACAGCCUGGUUCCCUGCCUACCUGCUCGGUUUGCUGUGUUCCAUGUUGGCAAUGGCUGCUAGUUUUCCACAGGAAGUUGUGGUGGCUGAGAAAAUUUGUGGCCCAGGAAGUAGCAACUAAAUGCCUGGGAUGCUGACCAGAGGCUUCUGUGUGUUCUAAGGUUCCUGAACAGCCCCACUCACCAUGGACCUGGAUCCCCACGCAGGUGUGCAGGUGGGCAUGCGUGUGGUACGCGGAACAGACUGGAAGUGGGGCCAGCAGGAUGGCGGUGAGGGCGGUGUGGGCACCGUGGUGGAGCUUGGCCGCCAUGGCAGCCCCUCGACCCCCGACCGUACAGUUGUUGUCCAGUGGGACCAGGGCACACGUACCAACUAUCGAGCUGGCUACCAAGGUGCCCAUGACCUGCUGCUCUAUGACAACGCCCAGAUCGGUAUCCGUCACCCCAACAUCAUCUGUGACUGCUGCAAGAAACACGGGCUUCGCGGCAUGCGUUGGAAGUGCCGUGUCUGCUUUGACUAUGACCUCUGUACGCAGUGCUACAUGCACAACAAACACGACCUCACCCAUGCCUUCGAGCGCUACGAGACAUCCCACUCACGCCCGGUCUCACUGAGUCCCCGACAGGGCCUCCCUCGAAUUCCACUGAGGGGCAUCUUUCAGGGAGCAAAAGUGGUCCGAGGCCCUGACUGGGAAUGGGGCUCCCAAGAUGGUGGGGAAGGGAAGACAGGCCGCGUGGUGGACAUCCGUGGCUGGGAUGUGGAGACAGGCCGAAGUGUGGCUAGCGUGACGUGGGCAGAUGGAACCACCAACGUGUACCGCGUGGGCCACAAGGGCAAGGUGGACCUCAAGUGUGUUGGGGAGGCGGCUGGCGGCUUUUACUACAAGGAGCACCUCCCGAAGCUCGGCAAACCAGCAGAGCUUCAGCGCAGGGUGAGUGUCGAUGGCCAGCCCUUCCAGCGUGGGGACAAGGUCAAGUGUCUGCUGGACACAGACGUCCUAAGGGACAUGCAAGAAGGCCACGGUGGCUGGAACCCUAGGAUGGCGGAGUUUAUCGGACAGAUGGGCACCGUGCACCGCAUCACAGACCGUGGGGACGUGCGUGUGCAGUUCAACCACGAGACCCGCUGGACCUUCCACCCUGGGGCUCUCACCAAGCACAACAGCUUCUGGGUGGGUGAUGUGGUCCGGGUCAUCGAUGACCUUGACACUGUGAAGCGACUCCAGGCUGGACAUGGCGAAUGGACGGAUGACAUGGCUCCUGCCCUGGGCCGUGUGGGGAAAGUGCUGAAGGUGUUUGGAGACGGAAACUUGCGUGUGGCAGUCGGCGGUCAACGGUGGACCUUUAGCCCCUCCUGCCUAGUGGCCUACCGGCCCGAGGAAGACGCCAACUUGGACGUGGCUGAGCGUGCCAGAGAGAACAGAAGUGCGGCAUCAGCCUCAGUGGCCGGUGGGAGGAAGGGCAGCCCCUGGCCGGCACUUACCUCAACCCUGCCCCCAGGCUCACUGAGUGUGGCCCUGGACAAGCUCCGGACCCAGAAGAGUGACCCAGAGCAUCCAGGGAGGCUGGUAGUAGAGGCUGCACUGGGAAAUGUAGCCCGGGCUCUGGAUCUACUGCGGAGGCACCCGGAGCAGGUGGACACCAAGAACCAGGGCAGGACCGCCCUCCAGGUGGCUGCUUACCUGGGCCAGGUAGAGCUGGUGCAGCUGCUGCUGCAGGCAAGGGCUAGUGUGGACCUGCCGGACGAUGAGGGCAACACUGCGCUCCACUACGCAGCUCUGGGGAACCAGCCUGAGGCCACAAGGGUGCUCCUGAGUGCAGGAUGUGGGGUUGAUGCUCGAAAUGGCACACGCAGUACAGCCCUGCAUGUGGCUGUGCAGAGGGGCUUCCUAGAGGUGGUAAAGACCUUGUGUGAGCGUGGUUGUGAUGUCAACUUGCCGGAUGCCCACGCGGACACGCCCCUGCAUUCUGCCAUCUCUGCAGGUGCCGGUGCCAGCAGCAUUGUUGAAGUCCUCACCGAGGUGCCUGGUAUCGAUGUCACUGCUACCAAUAGCCAGGGCUUUACAUUGCUGCACCAUGCGUCCCUCAAGGGCCAUGUGCUGGCAGUCAGAAAGAUUCUGGCACGGGCACGGCAGCUGGUGGAUGCCAAGAAGGAGGAUGGCUUCACCGCACUGCACCUGGCAGCUCUCAAUGACCACCGUGAGGUGGCCCAGGUCCUAAUCCGAGAGGGCCGUUGCGAUGUGAACGUGCGCAACCGGAAGCUUCAGUCUCCGCUGCAUCUGGCUGUGCAGCAGGCCCACGUGGGGCUGGUUCCACUGCUGGUGGAUGCCGGCUGCAGCGUCAACACUGAGGAUGAGGAGGGAGACACAGCCCUGCACAUCGCCCUGCAGCGGCACCAGCUGUUGCCCUUGGUGUCUGACAGGGCUGGGGGGGACCCAGGGCCCUUGCAGCUGCUGUCGAGGCUACAGGCCUCAGGCCUCCCAGGCAGCACAGAGUUGACCGUAGGCGCGGCAGUGGCCUGCUUCUUGGCACUGGAGGGUGCUGACGUGAGCUACGCAAACCACCGUGGCAGGAGCCCACUGGACCUGGCCACGGAAGGCCGAGUGCUCAAGGCUUUGCAGGGCUGUGCCCAGCGCUUCCGGGAGCGACAGGCAGGUGGCGGUGGGAGUGUGCCCCCGGGCCCCCGGCACGUGCUGAGCACCCCUAACACCGUGACGAACCUGCAUGUGUCUGGCACGGCAGGGCCAGAAGCUGCCGAGUGCUUGGUGUGCUCGGAGCUGGCACUGCUGGUUCUGUUCUCGCCGUGUCAGCAUCGCACCGUGUGUGAGGAGUGCGCUAGGAGGAUGAAGAAGUGCAUCAGGUGCCAGGUGGCCAUCAGCAAGAAGCUGCGUCCAGAUGGCUCAGAGGUGGUAAACACCAUCCAGGUACCCGGUCCUCCUCGGCAACUGGUGGAGGAGCUCCAGAGCCGCUACCGGCAGAUGGAGGAGCGCAUCACCUGCCCCAUCUGCAUCGACAGCCACAUCCGCCUAGUGUUCCAAUGCGGCCACGGGGCAUGCGCGCCCUGUGGCGCUGCUCUCACCGCCUGCCCCAUCUGCCGCCAGCCCAUCCGCGACCGCAUUCAGAUCUUCGUGUGAGUGCAUUCAGCACACCGUGGCGGAUCCCAGACCCUUCAACAAAACACGUGUAUUUUAUAAAAAGAUUCUCGGACUUUGCUGCCUGCUCCU